CGAGCACGCACGCCGUAUCAAUUUUCAUUGAUAAAAUGCUACAGCGCUCGUUUUUCUCCUGCUGGCCGACCCUGGCCACAGUGCCAUAACCUGCAGGCUUGUCUUCCAUUUCCUCCUCGAGACACAACAAAACAGAAGAGAACAGAGCCAGGCUUAGAAACACGACAGAAACCAAGGAGUUUCUCAACACUCCUUCCUUCUCCUCACCCCUCUCCUGUCUGGUCGGUUCGGUGGGUUCUGCUCACCAGUUUCCCCUCACAGUACAAAACCCCGCAUCCCUUCCACUCCAUCAUCCUCCAUACAUAGGCACACACAGGCAGCGCGCAGUAGGAAUAAGCGAGCUUCUGCAAGAAAGAAAGAGAACAUCAUGAGAAACAUCAUGGAGAGAAGCCCCCAUGAGUCCUCCUUCUCAUUCUCCCGGAGGCACUUCAAGUGGCCGGUCCUCGGCAAGAGCAGCAGCCACGGCGCCACCAGCACAGCCACCGCGGAGGAAGGCUUCGUCAAGAUGAGCUCGGACAAGAAGGCUGCGGAGGACGACGACGAGGAGGCGUCCAUGGCUUUCUCCUCCACCUGCGCGUCCUCGUUCCACUCGGAGCACUUCGUGUCUCCCCCUCCCAGCAAGCCGCUCAAGCAGCCGCAGCAGCAGCGGGGCAAGAACAACAAGCUGGGUGGCGGCGGCCGCACGGCCGUGUCGCGCCUGCGCACGGCCCUGGCCGCGGCCAUGGCCGGGCGGCGCCGGCAGGUGGGGCUCGGCGCGCGGCUGACCGGCACGCUGUACGGGCACCGGCGCGGGCACGUGCACCUGGCGUUCCAGGUGGACCCGCGCGCGUGCCCCGCGCUGCUGCUGGAGCUGACGGCUCCCACGGCGUCGCUGGUGCGGGAGAUGGCCUCUGGCCUGGUCCGGAUCGCGCUCGAGUGCGAGCGCUCCAAGGGCUUCCAAGCCGGCGCGGGUACUACUACGUGCGGCGGCAGGAAGCUGGUGGAGGAGACGGUGUGGCGCGCCUACUGCAACGGGAAAGGAUGCGGGUACGCGGUGCGGCGGGAGUGUGGCGCCGCGGACUGGCGCGUGCUGCGGGCGCUGGAGCCCGUGUCCAUGGGUGCCGGUGUCAUACCGGCGUCGUGCGGCGGGGGCGAAGGGGACGUGAUGUACAUGCGCGCGCGGUUCGAGCGCGUCGUGGGGUCCCGCGACUCGGAGGCCUUCUACAUGAUGAACCCGGACAGCAGCAACAACGGCGGCGGCAGCAGCAGCAGCAUCGGCCCGGAGCUCAGCGUCUACCUCCUUAGAGUUUGAUCGACUAUAAUCCCACGUGGCACGAAAAAUCUGCUGCUGUGCUAUGCUAGCGUGCGUGCGUGCGUGUGUUUCCUGCAUGCCUGAGACCAUGAGCUAGCCGUGUUUCCUUGUGUUUCCUUGAGCAGUUGAGUAGUAUGUUUAUGUUAUCGUUGAUGUGGAAUAAUGUAUGUGGUGUUUUAGUUUAUGAAAUGGAAGCGGGAAAGGAUUUGGAUCGUUUA